CCCAACGCAACAAACAACACUAGUUCAGUUCGUUAGCCAGUCAAGUCAACCGAGUCGAUCGGUCAACGAUACUGUUUUAUUGUUCUAAAAAUGAAAUAAACAUUUUCUUUUGGUGAAAUAGCUAAAAGUCUUUUAGAGGAAUUGAAUGUUUACUUAAAGUGCAGUUCAUAAUGACAUCUACUCCCCAGCAAGUCAACAACGUCCCAACUUCAACCGAAGGAGCCUUAGGAAAACGAAAAAAAUCCCGCAACAGUAAGGGUUCGUACUUUACUAAAUGGUUAGAUAAAACUAUGCGGCAUACACAAGAGACAACAGCAAAUACGAACCCAUACGAUUCAUAUGUCGCACCAAAUUUAAAUUGGCCGGUCAGUAACACAUUUGUUCCCAAUCAUGAAGUCUUCAGAAACAAUAUGUACGGUUAUUUGCCUGAACCACCAGUCCUGCCCACGUCUUCGAUGUAUUACAACCCUCAUGUGCACCCAGUCUACAAUUCUGGUUAUCGUUGUAUGCACCACUCAAACGAAACACAUAGGCCUAGAUUAAGACGAAAUGAGAUUAAGGCUGAAGAAGUUUCUAGUGCGCCAAUAGAAAAUGUGGACAGUAUGAUAAGUCACAACUACAUGCCGAAAAAUUCCGAUAGUCAGGACUGUACAAGUCUACCACCAAUCGUAACUUCAAUUGGCGACACAAAUUCGACGAGUGAUUUAAAUGUACCGAAAGAAGACUCAAAUAACGCUAGAAGAUACAGUGACCCAUGUGUAAGAGGUUUGCCUGAUGUCGCUAGACCAGCCAAUGGUGAUGUGGACUCUUCAUCUGAAGAGAGUUCUGAAUUUUCUGAGAAUGAAGUUGGAAGUCGACUGUUAGCUUGCCUCCUUGAUCAAAUAACAACAUUGAAAGGGGCUAAUGAAAAAUUAAAUAGAGAAUUGCAGGAAACAAGAGCGGAACUAGAAACACUUAGACAUCAAACUGCAUUCAUACAGAACGCUUCAAGCACAAACCUGGGAGCUACGGGCAGUCCUCUUAAUAAUGGUCUCCUGAAUGGUCAGUACCCGCCAGGGUUUCUCACGGACCUCGUGCGGGAGAUCCGGGAUGCAGCACGCUUGAGAGAGGAGGCGCUGUAUACUAGAGUACGAGCGAUGGUUCUGGAGAGGAUCGAUAAUAGCUAUUCGUCCACUGAGUCGAAAAAGUCUGAAAGAACAAUUGAAGAUUUAAAGAGCGCCCUCCGAGCUGCAGACGCCGACAGUCGGCGGAUGAUGGAUCGCAUCGCCAAGCUCGAGGAGGACAUGCGCCUGUUGAGGGUCAAUGAAUCCGAUACAUCUGAGAACAGAAUAACAAACGGCAAUAUUGAGGAUGCGGAGACUGAACGCCUACGUUUGCGCAAAGAAAUCGAGAACAUUCGCAAAGCGAAGCAAAGUUCAGACGAACAUGCUCUCAAACUGGAACGUCUAGUUACACAGCUGCGAUCCAAAUUCACCGGCCACCAAUCGACAAACGGUCCCGAAUCUCUCCCCAGCGAAUCCGAACACGAUACGAACGCGCGCAUUCGCCGAACGAGCGGCAACUCGAGCAACAAUUCCACUGUCGUCUUUGGACCUGUAACAGAUUUGUAGCGAACGGAAUUGGUGCAUAUCAUAUACGCGCUAACUACAGACUUUUUGACAUAUAUUUAUUCUAGAAUGUUCUAAGCGCGUUUAUAUGAGAGGUUGAAACAUACC